AUGGAGUUCGCUUUGGAGCCCGAGUCCACCGAGUCCCUGCAGGCCACACUCGCUUUCAUCGACGAAACUCUAGGCGACACGAGCCCCGUCCAGUUGCAUUCGCCCAUCACCCACGCGCAGUCGACCGACAGCGACGACUGGGAGACAUCCCACCUGCUCGACGACUUCCUGACCGACAUCUCCUCAGACGCGUCCUCACCUCGCGUUGCAGCAGAUGUCGCCCUCAUCCCAGUGCAGACACCUCCUGUAACGGGCCUGGGGUGUCCGUUACUUGCUUACACGUAG